AUGGGUCUUUAUACGGCCCCUUUUCGCUUGCCAAAUGUAUGCUCUUGAUCUUUCCCACCGUUUGCGCGACUGAGGCGCCAAGAUGACCUCGAUCAAAGUGUCGGAUGUAUCAUCGCCGGAACCGGUCCGCGAUGAUAUCAUUUCUGAGCACAGCGUGGACGUGCCCGUACCCGUGGACGAAAAGGACCUAGAUGAACCUGCGUAUGGGUGGGUUUGCACGAUCUGUGUGUUCUUCAUCAAUGGCCAUACCUGGGGCCUCAAUUCCAGCUAUGGCGUGUUCCUCGCAUACUAUCUUGCCAACAACACGUUUCCUGGAGCCACCCGACUGGACUACGCCUUUGUCGGAGGCCUCAGCAUAAGUCAGGCAAUGUUUGUUUCGCCUCUUGCCACAGCCUCAGUUCGAUAUCUAGGAACCAGAUACACCCUUCUGAUCGGCGUCUUUUUUGAGACCUUGUCCUUCAUCGGAGCAUCCUUUGCGAAAUCCCUCUGGCAAAUUCUUCUAGCGCAAGGAAUAUGCUUCGGAUGGGGAAUGGGUUUCUUGUUCGCCGCGUCCGUUGGGAUUGUGCCGCAAUGGUUCCACCGCCGUCGUAGCCUCGCCAACGGCAUCGGCACCGCAGGCUCGGGCCUUGGGGGCAUGGUUUAUUCUCUUGCUGCGAACGCAAUGAUCCAGCGCAUUGGUCUAGCUUGGGCCUUCAGAGUUCUCGGAAUCAUCUCUUUUUUCGUCAACUUUGUCUGUUCGAUUCUUAUCAAAGACCGCAACAAGCACAUCUCUGUCUCGUUACAUGCCUUCGACGUCAGAUUUUUCAAGCGACCAGAAUUCUGGCUCUUGCUAGGUUAUGGGUUUUUCAGCAUGCUGGGAUACAUUGUGCUUCUUUUUUCGCUACCUAACUAUGCAGACUACAUUGGUCUCACGGCAAAACAGGGCUCUAUUGUCGGUGCCGUGCUCAAUCUUGGUCAGGGCAUUGGACGACCACCAAUUGGUUAUUUCAGCGAUUCCGUGGGACGCAUCAAUAUAGCAACUGUAAUGACGCUAUUUUCGGGCUUGCUCUCGUUCAUCGUCUGGGUCAACGCGAAGAGCUUCGGCGUACUCGUGUUUUACGCCUUGAUAGGUGGUACAGUUGCAGGCACCUUCUGGCCUACCGUCGGCCCGGUCACCGCAGAAGUCACAGGUCUGGCGGCGCUACCAGCGGCAUUGAGUAUAACGUGGGUCAAUUUAGUGCUCCCGACGACAUUUUCGGAGCCAAUUGCUCUCGAAAUUGUGCAACAUACAGGCAGGUACCUAGGAGCCCAGCUCUUCACCGGUUUCAUGUACUGCACUGCCGCCUUCUGUAUAUGGAUGCUGAGGGCCUGGAAAAUAGGUGAGAUGGAAAAGAAACAACGGACACGUGAUGAAAGUCUUGGUCCUAGAAAUAGCUUUAUUAAGCGACUAUUUAUGAUACAAAGAGUGUAGACAAACAUAUAUGUGCUCUUGAGUAUAAUAUCCGAACAGCAAGUCAAACUAACUCUUAAUUCUGCAACGGCUCACCUAAGUAUCUAAAACAAAAAAGUAGGGUAUCUUACUCCGUCUUCAC